GUAAUUUUGUGGGCGUCGAAAGGCCAUUUUCUUUGGAUUUUGAAGGCUACUGAUCAUCUAUUCGGCCUAAGUCUAUUCUCCAAUGAUGAUUAAGUCCAUUAAGCACCGAUUUGAGCGGAUUUACUCUGGGUCAUUUUUGGCAGAUUCCAAAGGGGAACCAUCACAUAUUUGGGACGAUUUUUCCAAAAUGCCAUUUUAUUUCGAUUCUGAAGGCUACAGAUCACGGAAUCAGGACGAGGCUAUUCUCCUCCGAUAAUGAAGUCUAUUUAUCAUAUUCUCCACGGAUGAUAAGUCCAUUAAUCACCUAUUUGGGCCAAUUUAUUUUCGGAUGGCAUUUUCGUAAUUUUUUUGGCGACCAAAGGCCAUUUUCUUCGGAUUUUGAAGGCUACAGAUCACGGAUUCGGCGUGAGGCUAUUCUUCAACAAUGAUUAUGUCCAUUAAGCACCAAUUUGGGCGGAUUUAUUUCGAGUCAUUGGCAGAUUCCAACGGGGUACCAUCACAAAUUUGGGGCGAUUUUUCCGAAAUGUCAUUUUCUUUCGAUUCUGGAGGCUACAGUUCAUGGAAUCCGGUCGAGGCUAUUCUCCACUGAUAAUGAAGUCUAUUGAUCCUAUUCUCCACGGAUGAUAAUUCUAUUAAGCACCGAUUUGGGCCAAUUUAUUUUCGGAUGAUAUUUUCGUAAUUUUGUGGGCGUCAAAAGGCCAUUUUCUUUGUAUUUUGAAGUCUACAGAUCAUCUAUUCGGCCUUAGGCUAUUCUUCAACGAUGAUUAAGUCCAUUAAUCACCAAUUUGAGCGGAUUUAUUCUGGGUCAAUUUUUGGCAGAUUCCAAAGGGGAACCAUCACAGAUUUGGGGAGAUUUUCUCGAAAUGCCAUUUUAUUUCUAUUCUGAUGGCUACAGAUCACGGAAUCAGGACGAGGCUAUUCUCCUCAGAUAAUGAAGUCUAUUGAUUAUAUUCUCCACGGAUGAUAAGACCAUUAAUCACCUCUUUGGGCCAAUUUAUUUUCGGAUGGCAUUUUCGUAAUUUUUUGGAUGACCAAAGGCCAUUUUCAUUAGAUUUUGAAAACUACAGAUCACGGAUUCGGCCUGAGGCUAUUCUUCAACGAUGAUUAAGUCCAUUAAACACCGAUUUUUGUGGAUUUAUUCCGGGUCAUUGGCAGAUUCCAAAGGGGUACCAUCACAAAUUUGGGGCGAUUUUUCCGAAAUGUCAUUUUCUUUCGAUUCUGAAGGCUACAGAUCACGGAAUCAGGUCGAGGCUAUUCUCCACUGAUAAUGAAGUCUGUUGAUCCUAUUCUCCACGGAUGAGAAGUCCAUUAAACACCGAUUUGGGCCAAUUAAUUUUCGGAUGACAUUUUCAUAAUUUUUUGGGCGACAAAAGGCCAUUUUCUUUGGAUUUUGAUGGCUACAGAUCACAGGUUCGGCCUGAUGCUAUUCUUCAACGAUGAUUAAGUCCAUUAAGCACCGAUUUGGGCAGAUUUAUUUCCGGUCAAUUUUAGGACGAUUUCAAAGAGGUACCAUCACAGAUUUGGGAGGAUUUAUUUCGGGGUCAACUUUUGGAAAAUUCCAAAGGGUUACCAUCACAGUUUUGGUGGAAUUUUUCCGAAAUGUCAUUUUCUUUUGAUUCUGGAGGCUUCAGAUCAUGGGAUCUGGCUGAAGCUAUUGUCCACCGAUAAAGAAGUCUAUUGAUGCUAUUCUCCAAUGUUGUCAAAACCGAACCUGAGCAUGACCCGAUAAUGUGGAACGGCUCGUACUUUAGUGGUCUAACCGGUAUUAGCCAUUAAAAAAAUCGUUAGAGAACCGGUACGUGAUAAACAAUCAUAUUAGAAGUAGAAGACACAAAGGGUAAUAAUUUAAUGAGUAAAUGAAAUUUAGUUUGCAGCUACCACUAAGUAAUUUUACAUAAAUAUAUAAUCACUAACAAACCCUACAACCCUACACCUACAGCUGCCCCUUUUGCUUUCUUCUUCUUUCUACUUCUUCUUUUUCUUUUGUUGCAGCCCCACCUUCUUUCUUCCGCUUCUUUGUCACAUUUCAGGUCCUAGCAUGUAAAUUGAAGCAUAGGCGCAAGUUUGAAGUCAAUCGGAGAUCAUUCGGCAAUUCGGGAGAAGAAACACGAGCAUGACCUGAGGAAUAAUGGACUUAUACCUCGUAUUAUGGACAAAUAAUCAUGGAAUUUUGUCAUGAAAAUAAAGAGGACGAGACUACGAGCGUCUGUGAUCAAACGGCGACUGAUUCGGAGUCCGGACGAGGGAAAAAUGAAGCAUUAAACAGAGGCUGAGCAAGCCACACAGGCACGCCUAAAAACCCACACGGCCGUGUGACCUGGCCGUGUGGAAAUCACCGAGCCCUCACACAGGCAUCUGGAAAAGUCACACAGCCAUGUGGCCUGGCCGUGUGAUCGGGAAUUUCUGGUUAAAACCCGAUUUUCAGCAAAAGGAAAGGGGAGAGCUGGGUUUUGGUUCCCAAACACCCAAGAGACGAACCCUAGAGAGAGAGCGACUUGGGAACAUUCUUGGAGCUAUUUUGGAGGAUUUAUUCGCCAUUGGAGCUCGGGAAUCAAGCUUGGAGAUGGAGAUUGAAGAUCUAGAUCAGAUUUCUGCAGUCUCUCUCUUCUCUAUGGAGUAACUUACCUUCACUUAGGUUUUGAGGAACCCUAGUUCCAUGUGUUAGGAUCUUUCUUGUAUGAAGUUUUGGAUGUUAUAUUGUUUGAUUAUAAUCGAUUGAGACAUGACUUAUUGAGUCAAUUGAAUCUUGAUCAAAUUCUCUUGAUUUCUGCUUUAACCUAUGAAAGAUAGAAUCUGAUUAGGUUAAGAGAGCUUCCUUGAUUGAUAGUGGUGAAUUGGUUGUGCGAGAGUCAAUCAAUUCACUGCUUUGUACUGGAAUUCAUUCCAGUAGUGGAGAUCUGUGUGAAUCGCCUGAGCAGUCUAUCCCGGUGAAGGCUAGUCGCCUGCCGGGUAUUCUGUCUAAGAGGGCUUGGUCAGCUUAAGACAUUCCAAGCUAAUUUAGGAUCUUCCGCAGUUUAAUCAACAGUAGAUCAACCAAAGGUAAUUGCAACAUGGACCUAAUUGAGGAGCUAGGGGGAAUCAUACCUAAGUGAGUUCCCAACUUGUAAUUAGUAGAGUAGUUAGUAGAGUAGCUUAGUAAAUCAAUCCUUAAUCUAGUUUGCUAGAUAAUGAACUGAAGCUGAAUAAUAGUAACUCUAGAGACCCGUGGAUUCGAUAUUUAUUACUUGUGCCACUAUACUGCAGUCCCUUUCAUUGGUUACACUUGGCCAUUGUUAGGUGUUGUGUCAUAGCGUGUCAAGUUUUUGGCGCCGUUGCCGGGGACUUUCUGGAUUAUUAGGAAAGGCAGAAGUUUGUUACUUUAGCGUUUUUUUUCCCACCCUUGAUUUUCACUUGGGUGUUUUUUUGUUUUGUUGGUGCAGAUCUGAAUCAUGGAUCCUAAUGGCUUCUCCAACCAUUGGGGGUAUCCACCACCAUCCGAGUGGUAUUACCCCGAGACACCCUGGAGUAACCAAGGAGGAGAAGACUAUAGAGUCGGGUUUCAGUACCAACUCCCCUACUACGAAGAAUAAUCAGACCCCUGGGUAUUUCAAGAACAAUCUCCUUAUCAAGAAGAAUUCCUCCCACAACAAGAAGGACCAUCAGAUCUUGGGUUCGCCACAGCCUUCACGGGCGAUCCGGCAGAGCCAUGCUACACUCCACAGCCAGAUCCAAACUAUCACUUGAGGCUUCUCGUGGAGCAGAUUGCUCGAGUACCUGAGAGAUCCUUUCCCGAGAUGGAUCCUCAUAUCCAGGCCAUUGCCCAAACUGACUUCUCAUUUCCCCGUGAAACAGAGGAUACCCUUCGGAGCAUAAAGGAGCACAUAGAGGUCAUUGAGAAAGCCUGUUCACAGUUUUCUCAAGACAACCUUUAUGCUGCCAUACAAGUAGAGGUGGAGGAAGAAGAAGGCAAUCAUGAGGAUGUUGAGGAGCAUACAGAAGUUGUCAAGAAAAGCUCCCAUGAUAAUCAUGAUAAAGUGUAUCCUCUGGUGGUAGAUCACAACUUUCCCCAUUUCCACUCUGACAUGCUGGGCCCGAGCGAGGAGAUGCAAGCUGAACUUAUUGAGAACCUUGCAUGGAGACUUGCUCUCCAAUCAGUUAUGGAAGAAGAAGAAGAGAGAGCAAGGGUGAGGAAAGAAGUUGUGGAGGAUGAGGAAGAAAUCAAAGAAGAGGUAGUUCUUGAUCUUUUCCGAGGAGAGAGACCACAUUUUGAAGAAGGAAUGGGGGUUGAAGAAGCGAGUGGUGUCCAGGCUGAGGAUGAAGUUGAGGUGGAAGAGGCUUGCACCGGCCCUAUAAUACAAGUAAUAUCCCCACCAAACUUCGAGGAACUGCUUAGCAAGGACCCAUUUGCAGUGUCUCUUUGCCAGACCAAGGCCACAUCGACAUCGGUCCCUCUUGGUGGACGCGAUGGUGGCCAAUCGAUGCUGUCAUAUUUGGUUUGGGGCAAUGGGACGAGAGAAGAGAAGAAGAGGUCUCGAGGAUGGAGACUUCAUCUGCAUCAAGUGCACGAGCUUCCAUCACCAGUCAUACCACAUGCUCGUGACUUGCGACUCCACCUCAUUGACAAGAACCUCAACUUCAAGGAGGUUCUAGCAUGGACCAAAACUUAGGAGCCAUCGUCUGGCUCACGACGUGAAAGAAGCGCUUGUUGGGAGGCAACCCAACUAGUCGGUUUGAAUUUCUUUCUUUAUUUCUCCUCGGUUGAGUCAGUUUUGUUAUUUGAUUUUAGAGUCAAUAAGUCAACCUUUGUGAGAUUUUGUGUGGUGUUUGUGUUCUGAUUACUCUCUCUUCCUGGAAUGCACCGCCUGCCCCGUCCAUCAUCAUUCGCCCUUGAUCUGGUAACUUCGUUCUACCCUCCUUAUCUUUCCUCCAUUGAGGACAAUGUCGUGCUUAAGUGUGGGGGGAUGUUCGAUUAUCUAUGCGGGUGAAUGUUUGGUUGUUUGUGUGCUUGGAGCCUAGUCCACUGUACAAAUUUUAUUUUAAAUUUGAGGGCUCCAAGUACGUGUUUCCUUGCAAAUUGCCUGCUCAGUAUGCUUUGAAUUGACAGUCUCUAUAGUAAUGUGCAACCUAGGGAGGUAGUGUAGCACUAUGGAGGAUGUUGAAGUAUAAGAUUUUUCCUAUCUAGCUCUCUGCUGUGUCAGUUGAUUUUGUGAAUUAGUGGAGCUAAGACCGUUGAAUUCAUGUGCUAAUGUGGACUCUGUUUGAAUUGUGUUAUGGACUUGUGUAUUGAGCAGGGUGCUCAUGUGUCAAAUAAAAAGCAGUUGGUCCUCCAUGUCGAAAUCAUCAAAACUCUUAAACAUGGGGUAAGCCCAACGUGUGUGGCACCGUUCAUUGCACAAAAUCGGGUUUUGGAGAAGAUUUUAGUGAUCCUUAGUGGGGUACUCCUACAAGGUGAAGCUAAGCUGUCUCCAGUACAAGUAAAACUUCCACCCGUUGAACGGUUUGCCUACUCGAGGAUGUGUUUUUAAGGGCACGGAUAGAGCUUCCGACCACCCUUAAUUUCAUUGACCCUCCACACGAGUUGAGGAAAAGGAGUUAAAAGAAGUACCCUGGCGAGCGCCAGGUGUACAAAAAUUGCUCUUGCUCGACUAAUAAGGGUCGACCGUGCAAAAGACUGCAGUUGGAACCCCCGCCAAGUGAAUGCAGAAAAAAAAAAGAGAAAAAGAAAUGUAAAUGAAAGUGCAAAAGGGGGUUCCAACGGUGAAAUGAAGUGAAAGAGCACCCCGGUACAACGAGUCCUUGGUUGUGAAUGGUGUGAGUCCCUUUAUCCAUGAACUGGUUGUCUUACUUCCAUUUCUUCUCAUGAUCCUGGCUUGAGUCUAGUACUCGCAUUGAGAGAGAUAGGGAACGUCUUAGAAGACCAGUUGACCUCGUAAGCUGCUAUAUGAUCUAGAAAAUUCUCUACCGACGAUCGGGGUUGUUUGUUGCUAUAGAGGUCUGGAGAGCUGCAUAGGUUUGAGUUAGGUUUGCUUGGGGACAAGCAAACGGUUAAGUGUGGGGGGAUUUGAUGACUCGAUAUUUGCACCUGUUUUCCCCUUUGUUUCUUGAUCGUUUAAGCUUUCAUUAUCGCUUAUUUGGCCUAUUUUAUUCUAGGUUGUGUUCCUUUGUCACAUUUCAGGUCCUAGCAUGUAAAUUGAAGCAUAGGCGCAAGUUUGAAGUCAAUCGGAGAUCAUUCGGCAAUUCGGGAGAAGAAACACGAGCAUGACCUGAGGAAUAAUGGACUUAUACCUCA